CUUGCGAAGGACCCUUUGUGAUCUCGUGCUUUACCUCAAGAUUUCUCCCGUUGUGAUGACGGUCCUCACCUUGUGAUAUUAUCUGAUGCAUGUACAUCUAUUUAUUUUAUGCAUUUCCUAACGCGAUAAAAUGAAAUAUAUUCAGUUGUAAAACAAAAAAUAAAAGUUAAUAGAUUUUUCGUCAGGCUAUCUUCAAGGACACCCGAUUUACUCCAAAUGCAUUCUGGUACUGUUCCUUCUCUUGUUUCUGGAGACCCGCCGCUAAAGCAAAACCGGUUAUUGACUGAGGUCCCAAAGUGUCUCCAGCCAUGUCUGUCAGAGAGUCGUUUAACCCAGAGAGCUACGAGCUAGACAAGAGCUUCAGACUCACACGCUUCACUGAGCUCAAAGGAACGGGCUGCAAGGUACCCCAGGAUGUGCUACAGAAGCUUCUAGAAGCCCUGCAGGAGAACCACUAUCAGGAGGAUGAACAGUUCCUUGGAGCCGUCAUGCCCAGACUUGGCAUUGGUAUGGACACCUGUGUCAUCCCCCUCAGGCACGGGGGCCUUUCUCUAGUCCAAACGACAGACUACAUCUACCCGAUAGUGGACGACCCCUAUAUGAUGGGGCGAAUUGCGUGUGCCAAUGUUCUAAGUGACCUGUACGCCAUGGGAGUGACGGAAUGUGACAACAUGUUGAUGCUACUGGGGAUCAGUAACAAACUGUCAGAAAAGGAGCGGGACAAGGUGAUGCCUCUGAUCAUCCAGGGGUUCAAAGAUGCGUCGGAGGAAGCAGGCACGUCUGUUACGGGGGGACAGACAGUUCUUAACCCCUGGGUGGUCCUGGGGGGGGUGGCCACUACGGUCUGUCAACCCAAUGAGUUCAUCAUGCCAGACAACGCAGUGCCAGGAGAUGUGUUGAUUCUCACCAAACCUCUUGGGACUCAGGUGGCUGUGGCGGUACACCAGUGGCUGGACAUUCCUGACAAGUGGAAUAAGAUCAAGCUGGUGGUGACUCAGGAGGAUGUAGAGCUGGCCUAUCAGGAAGCUAUGAUGAACAUGGCCCGGCUCAACAGGACAGCUGCAGGUCUGAUGCACACCUUCAACGCUCACGCCGCCACUGACAUCACUGGCUUCGGGAUUCUGGGCCAUGCCCAGACAUUGGCACGGCAACAGCGUAGCGAGGUCUCAUUCGUCAUUCACAACCUCCCUGUGCUCGCCAAGAUGGCCGCUGUGUCCAAGGCCUGCGGGAACAUGUUCGGACUCAUGCACGGCACCUGCCCCGAGACAUCAGGGGGUCUGUUGAUCUGUCUUCCCAGGGAGCAGGCAGCUCGUUUCUGUGCUGAGAUCAAAUCUCCUAAAUACGGCGAGGGCCACCAGGCCUGGAUCAUCGGCAUUGUGGAGAAGGGCAACCGCACCGCCCGCAUCAUCGACAAACCACGAAUCAUCGAGGUCGCUCCUCAGCUCUCCACACAGAAUGUCAACCCCACACCCGGCGCAACCUCAUAAUACCUCCCCUGCAAUGCAGACUGGAACCACAGAGCUUGGCCCAGGUUUUUUUUUAGACUCAUAGAAAACCAUCCUAGAGUGUGUCAAACGUAUACACGUGUGUGUAUAUAUAUAUAUAUAUAUAUACACACAAUUAACUGGGUUGAGGUGUAUGUACACCUGCCUCAGACCGUCAGAAGCCUUAGGGGCAGGUCAUCACACAAUGGAUGCAGUAUCAACAAAAACAUCUCUAAAAAGAAAACAACUAAAAAUCCAUUUGCCUUUUGUAAUCUGUUAUGUUUGACUGAAGAGGCAGGCAGCUUCUGGGUUUAAGAAUAGAUUAUGAUUAUCCGAUUCUGUUGAUUCAUUUAGAAUCUUUAGGAGACUCUGGGUGUCCGUUGCCUCUUGGGCUCUUUUUUAAGGGUGCUCGUUCUCGACAAGCAUGUGUAAGAGUAAAAAAAAAAAAUUAAGCGAUGGGUAGUGAUAUAGCGUUUUUGUUUGUCCGUUCACUUUGUGUACAGUUUAAAAACUUUAGUUCUAGUUUAAAGCUGUAACAGAUGCCUGGAAAGAUUGAAAAGUUACUGUCAAGAGAAAAGAGUGAACAUAAGGGUUGCUUUUUUUACUUUCACUUUUUGUAUCCCCCCCCAAAAAACGAAUAAAUCAAAUAGAUUUUUAUUUUCUUGCCAGUUUUACAAGAACACUAUCAAAUUGAUGGAUCUAAAGGAAUGCAUUAUCAAAUUGGACUCCCCUCUGUUCAUAUUGCUGUUUUGUACUUCUAAUCAGUGAUAGAAUCAGUCACAACAAGGACAUUAAAUCCAUUCUGUCAUCUUACAGGCAAUAAACAGAACAUCCUGGUAUAGUUUGGUAUACUCACCUAUGGAGAUAUGAUCACACUGAGUAGGAUUUGGAAGAAGUCUGAGCAUGGUGUCUCAACUCUGUUGCAUUGCACACACCUACCUUUUAAGGAAGCAGGUAUCGUAAGAGGCAGAUGAAACGGUGAGUGUUCAAGUCUUGGUUGACACUUUGCUCCAUGAAAAUAGUACCAGUGCAUCCAUCUGUAGCAGAGCUUACACUAGCUGAUUUUCUAUAGAAUCUUCCAGUACCUAGAGGUUCCAUACAAUUUGUAUACCGGUAGUGUACUUUGCUCAGAUUUGCCAACACUAGUAUUUCACACUAUCCCAAUAAAUGUACAAUCUGCAUCUAAUCAUCCUGGUUGGGAUAAGUGUAGUCUUAGGCUUCAAAUCAGAUGGAGAAUUAACCAGCAUUGGCCGACAUCUGCAUAGCAGAUGUUUUAAAGUUGUGACUGCGGUAUGAGAUAUUCUAUCGGGUGAGUGGCUGCUUCUGUAUGUCACAAACCACUCCCUUAAUCCUACCGCUCUAGAAAGUGUAGGCUAUCGGUGUUUAGAAAUAAUUUAUAAAAUGUCAAACCAUUGAUGUUAGGCUAAUGCAUGUUUUCAUGUUAAUUUGAAUGGGGAAUUUAUACGGUAUCAAUCUAAUUCAAGUGUUUGAACUUCUAACGUGGCUGCAUGGGAUGUUUCAGUGUAUCCAAUGGCAGUGUCCACAAUAAGGUAACACAAUGAGACGCUUGUGGAUUUGACAGCUCUAUGCAGUUCCCACACUGCCAAAACAACUGCUAUGCAGAUGUCAAUCUGAUUGAAUCUAGCCCUUAGUACUCUCCAGUCAUCUGAUGUAAGGCCUUUUCUAAUGUCUGGUACCAUAAAGGGUUGUAUGGCACUGCUUACAAACUGAAAUAAAACUGGAUCCUCUCUUA